AUGCCACUCGGAGUGUUUCGGCAGUUAGGCCGCCUGGAAUCUGCAGUACGUUGCUCUAUGCCAAAGGAAGAGCAUGGCGAUGAGCUUCAGGAUCUGAAGCUUGCACCAGUGAAGAAUCUCAGCUGCCCGAACUAUCGUAUCCUACAGUGGGAAAUGCCGGUGUCAUUUGGAGAUAAAAUCAGCCGCCUAAUAGAACAAAAUGACUUACGCCUAAUUGCCUUGAGAUCACGCCAGUGUAUUCCACCCACUCGGGAAGAGGAAUAUUUCCGUUCGUUACAUGCCAUACACUUUUACCAUCGACCCGAAAUACUCUGGGAUUACGACGUCUAUGGUUCAAGACAACGUGAUCGAAAAAGGUGUCGGUUGUUUGGAGGCACAUACUACUGUGUAAAUCAUCCACCUCACUACAAAGAGGUAGCGAAAAAGCUGAAACUGGAAAUGGAGCUUGAAGCCAAGCUUAAAGAACAAAUGAGAGAGUUGCCUGGUUCCCGUUAUACUCGACCCUCGAAACGGCGUAGUUUAGAUCCCGUGUUAGAACUGCCCCCAGCCUCGGUCAUUUUACGGUCCAAACCACCAAAAACCAAUGCAAAACGAUCUAGUCGCUAUGUAAAUUUGAAGAGCACAGAUAUCGAUGUCCUAGAUCUGGUAGAGCAACAAUGGAUGUCCAUCAAGGAUUUGUACAUAGAAGCACGAAAUGUUCUGGAAAAUCUUUUGCCAAAGUACGAAUCGGAAGGGCCGGGAAGUAAAACUUUAAGGAGAGGCUACCAGUCAAAUGGACUUGGUAUCCUGAAAUGA